UGCAGCAGCGGCGGCGGCGGCGGCGGCGGUGGCGCGGACACCGCAGCCUCCCCAAGCCCCGAGUCCCGGCGGGGACUGCAGCUGGAGCGCCCGCCCACCCGCUCGGCCACCGCACCUCGGCCCAGCUAAGCCGCUGUAGUCGCGCCGGAGGACCGCCAGCCAUGGCCGCGGCGCCGGAUCCCCAAGACGAGCUGCUGCCGCUGGCCGGCCCGGGGGCCCAGUGGUUCGGGGACCGCGGGGAGAGGGAGGACGAAGCAGUGACGCCGAAAGGGGCAAAGCCCGCGCCGCAGGAGGGGGACUCCGGACGGGGGUUGGGCGCCGGAGCCGGGGAAGCGGCGCCGCGGGAACUGGGCUCUGGCCCCGCCCGGCCGCCGCCCGUCGCCAUGGAAACUGCAUCCACAGGUACAGCAGAUGUCGCCUAUGCCAUGGAUCAUACCUUUUCAACUGCAUCAAAAGAUGGUGAAGGCACAUGCUACACGUCUCUGAUUUCUGACAUCUGUUACCCAUCUCAGGAGGAUUCUACAUACUUCACUGGAAUCCUUCAGAAGGAAAAUGGCCAUCUCGCCACAUCAGAGAGUGCUGAGGAGUUGAGUACCCCCAGACCCUCCUUACCAGAAGUGCCUGGGACGGAGCCUCAUGUCUUACUUAGUUCUGAUUCUGGAAUAGAGAUGACGCCCGCAGAGUCCAACGAAGUGAACAAGAUCUUAGCUGACCCCCUGGACCAGAUGAAAGCAGAAACCUAUAAAUACAUUGACAUAACUAGGCCAGAGGAGGUGAAAAGUCAGGAGCAGUGCCACUCCAAGGUGGAGGAGAAAGACUCGGACGCUAAGACGAAAAACUCUGAAAUCUCAACAAAAUCUGACGAGGACCGUGAGCCUGAGAAACCAGCUCCUGUGGAGGGAAAAAUCCUCAAGGACCACUUGUUUGAAGAGUCAACGUUUGCACUCUACAUAGAUGACCUGUCUGAAGAGCAGCACAGUGCGUCUGUGGUCACCGCCCCUGUCAAAAUUACACUGACUGAGAUUGAACCUGCUGUUGAAACUGCUGCCCAAGAGCAAACCCCAGAGAAGCAAAGUCUCUGUCUGAAACCAAGUCCUGACACAGUCCCCACUGUCACUGUCUCAGAGCCCGAAGACGACAGCCCGGGAUCUGUCACUCCUCCAUCUUCUGGAACAGAACCAUCUGCUGCAGAAUCCCAGGGGAAAUGCAGCAUCUCGGAGGAUGAGCUGAUCACUGCCAUUAAAGAGGCCAAGGGGUUAUCCUAUGAAACCAGCGAGAGCCCACGGCCAGCGGGCCAGGCAGCAGAUCGGCCUGAAGCCAAGGGUAGGUCCGGGCUGCCGACCAUCCCCAGCCCCCUGGACCACGAGGCCAGCAGUGCAGAGUCAGGGGACUCGGAGAUCGAACUGGUGUCCGAAGACCCGCUGGCCGCUGAGGAUGGGCUGCCUGCGGGCUACGUGACCUUUAGCCACGUGGGAGGGCCACCUCCCUCACCCGCGUCCCCGAACAUCCAGUACAGUAUCCUGAGGGAGGAGCGCGAGGCUGAGCUGGACAGCGAACUUAUCAUAGAGUCAUGUGAUGCCUCCUCCGCCUCAGAGGAGAGCCCCAAGCGGGAGCAGGACUCGCCCCAGAUGAAGGCCGGAGCCCUAGAUGCCAUCCGGGAGGAGCCAGGAGCGCGGGCCGAGGAGGGUGCGCCCAGCCGGGGAGGCCUGGGCGAGCAGGGCUCCCUUCUCAAGUUCUCCCCGACCGCCCCUGAAGCCAGCCCAGAGCUGCCUUCAGAAGUCGCCCGGACGCCCGAGGGGGCUGCUGCACAGCGGAAACCUGCGGAAGAAGCCAGGAGUUCCAACCAAAGCCCAGCGGCCACGAAGGACCUAGGGCCUCACAGUCCUGGAGCGCCCCUUCCGCUGUUUCUCAAUAAGCAAAAAGCUAUUGACUUGCUCUACUGGCGGGACAUCAAGCAGACCGGGAUAGUGUUUGGGAGCUGCCUGCUGCUGCUCUUCUCCCUGACCCAGUUCAGCGUGGUGAGCGUGGUGGCCUACCUGGCCCUUGCUGCGCUCUCGGCCACCAUCAGCUUCCGCAUCUACAAGUCUGUGUUACAAGCUGUGCAGAAAACCGACGAGGGCCACCCUUUCAAGACCUACCUGGAGCUUGAGAUCACCCUCUCCCAGGACCAGAUUCAGAAGUACACCGACUGUCUGCAGUUCUACGUGAACAACACCCUUAAAGAACUGAGGAGGCUCUUCCUCGUCCAGGACCUGGUGGAUUCCUUAAAAUUUGCAGUCCUGAUGUGGCUCCUGACCUAUGUCGGCGCUCUCUUCAACGGCCUGACCCUGCUGCUCAUGGCUGUGGUUUCAAUGUUUACUCUACCUGUAGUGUAUGUUAAGCACCAGGCACAGAUUGACCAAUAUCUGGGACUUGUGAGGACUCACAUAAAUGCUGUUGUGGCAAAGAUUCAGGCUAAAAUCCCAGGCGCUAAGAGGCACGCUGAAUAAGCUGGUAUCCCCCCCUGGGGACUGGACACCAACAGGAAUGUCUGCCCGUAGUAACAGCGCUGUUCUUACAUGUUACUGCAAUUGAUUGUUUCUCCCCUUUACCCCCGUACCAUAAUCUUAGAGACAAACUUUAAAACAGCUGUUUUUAGGCUGUUCCUGUACUCUUAGGAUAUUUGAGUCACUUGUGUCAAGCACUAAAAUAUAGAGAAAAGUGUAUUAGAUGUGGUUUUUAAUUUUGUGUUGCUAAAAAAAAAGUGCAUGAUGGUGAGAGCCCAAGCCCCUCCCCCUCCACAGUGUCCUCCUCUGCGAUGCUCUGUAGCUUCUCCUGUCCCCGGCCACGCCUGCCUAGUGCGCGGGUGCCCAGUGGAAGUCGCUUCUACGUCCUCGGGUUGCUGGUCGGAUUAACCUUUGCUAACAACAUAUAGAAUCGUAGACUGAUGUUUUAGUGUUUUUCCAACACACACACAACGUAAAAAUUAAAAGUCGACUGUACUUCUGGUAAUCAGUUUUGUAUAACUUAAAUCAAUGAAUAAACCCCAAACAAACGCGCAGUACUUUUGUUGUGUGGGACCGAGGGACUGAUUUACAUGUAUGGUAACUAAAAAGUACCAGCAUGUCAACUUUAUUACAAUUUGUAUUACUUCCUCUGUAGUUCCUAUUGGACUUAAUUAUGGACUCUGGAUAUUUGCACUUAUGUACUUGAUACUGAAUGCAUAAAUAAAUGUUACUAAAUGUA